AAGAAGAAGCAUAAACACGUAGCAGUGCGAAAAGAAACACAUGUUCGCGCAAAAUCGAUGAAUAAACUUUAAAGGGGAAACCGAAAACUAAAUAGAGCGGUGCGCUUUCUGCAAUAAAACCAUCCACAUUGUGUGCAAAGAAUCGAGAGUAAGGCUGCCUGUAAGAGCCUCCACAGGACUCCUUGGAAAAAUGGGUAUUACGGAGACAGCAGCGGCAACAACAACUACCGGACUGGGAGCGGCAAACGCCGUGGAGAGCAAACAAAUCCUCUCGCUCGAGGUGUUCCAGGACAUCUACAAGCACGUGGAACCGGAUGUGCAGAUCGAUGCCUUCGAGCUGGCCCAGGGCUCCGACCGGGGUGACAACUAUACGGCCGCCCUGUAUCGCAUAAAGCUGACCGGAAAGCGAAGGAGUCUCAAAUGGGAACAGAACGUCAUCUGCAAGGUGAUGCCGGAGAGUGUAGUCGCGCGGGAGGCCUACAAGAGCGACAAGCUCUUCCGCAACGAGGUGCAGUUCUACAACACCAUCAUGCCGGAAUUGCUCAAGUUCCAGGCCAGCAAAACGAACCAGGACACACCCGUGUUCAAUGCCAUUCCCAAGUGCUAUUCAGCCAGGCAUGAUCUGCUCAUAAUGGAGGAUCUUCGCGAACGCGGCUUCCAGAUGUCCGACCGCCACAAAGGCCUCAGUCUGGAGGAGACGCAGUCCGUCCUGCUGCAGGUGGCCCAGCUGCACGGCCUUAGCCUAGCCUACAAGUUCGAAAAACCGCUGGAGUUCAGCAAUCUGUGCAGCGUGAUCAGCGAGGGCAUCUUCUGCACGGCCAAUACGAGUUGGUAUCGAAACUACUACGAGCGCCUUACCAAGAACGCCAUUCAGAUGGUGUCCGAGGUGCUGCCCCCCGACUCCAAGUAUGUCCUGGCAAUGAAUAAAUUCGCAGAAAGCUCCUCAUUCUUCGGCCGGAUGGUGAAGUUGGCCAGUACCGAGUCGCCGUUAUCCGCCAUUUGCCACGGCGACUGCUGGGUGAACAACUUUCUGUACCACUAUGAUCCGGAGGAUCCACACCGAGUGCUGGAGGUGGCGCUGCUCGACUUUCAGCUGAUACGCUACAGCUCGAUCGCACUGGACAUUGCCAAUCUGCUGUAUUGCUGCACCACCAAGGAAAUGCGCGAUGCUCAGCUGCAGACUCUGCUCAAGAUCUAUACGGAGGAGCUGUUUCGAUGGCUGCAAAUGCUCUGCACCAAUUUGCCGGACCACUGCGACACAUUACAGAAGCUACAGGAUCUCUUUGCCGAGGAGCUGAAGACAUACGGACGCUUUGCUCUUGGCUUGGCAUUGGAUAUCCUGCCUAUUAGCACCUGCUCGUCGGAGGAUGCCCCCGAUAUGUAUUUGGAUCGAAGCGAUGAACUCGGAGAGGAUGUGGGCGCGCCCACACUCAACUUUCCACCCAACGACCUGUGCCGCCAGAAGAUGUCGGAGAUAGUCAUUGAUAUGGUGGAUCGGGACAUGCUCUAGGUCACCCUGCAAUCCAAAUGGAACACUAGCUGUCAGCCCAAAACAGCAAUUUCGAACAAUACGCAGUGCUCCAGUUGAUCCUCACUUAACCCUUAGUUAUAUGUAUGCAAGAUAGUAAAAAUUACCAGUAACUUAGCAAGACUUUGUACGUUUAGGGUACAACCGCUACCUUUAUGUUACGUUUCUGUAGCAGCCAAUUCCUCGGCCCUGCGUCCCAGGUUAGACUUCAUGUAGUCAGAGUUAACACUUCCCCGUAUGAAAAAUUUAUUUAUUUAUUUUUUUAUUUGUACUGCUAGAUGAGCAAACAGAGCGAUGCCAAAAUAGUAAAUAGUAGAUGUUUUUAGUUUAGUCUUACGUUUAAUUUAUGAUCCCCGUUGUUGAAUAUCAGUAGGUAUUCUCGAAAAAUGGAAGUUUCCCUUGCGUUUACCUUGGCGGAAUGCAAUUGGGCACAGGGCCUUUAAAUUGGACAGGAAUUGUGAAAAAGCACUAUUCGCUCUAGUCGUAGCUAAAAUAAACAAUACAUUUGUUGAACUUAGGCCGAAAAAAAACAGACAAUAGAAGGCUUGUCUAGGCGUAUUGUGUUUUUCUAAAGUAUUCUUUACACAAAGUAAUAAACUAUAAAUGAAGGGUA